AUGGACGGCGGAGACGGUGGUGUCGAUCAGAGCGGUCGCUCCAUGGGUCGCACAGUCACCCCGCGACGAGCGCUCGCUCGCACACAGUCGCCCAAGCCCAGCCGGACGACGGGCGGACCGGGCGUCGACAUGGAGCCGCUCGUGCAGGCCCUGGGCGACUCGGACGUGGAGCGCGCGCGAGAGGCGGCGUCCGCGAUCCGGUCGUCGCUGAAGAACAACCCCGACAACAAGGCGCGCCUGCUGGCGGCGGGCGGCGUCGACGCGCUGAUUCGGCUGCUGAAAUCGCGCGACACGUCGUGCGUGGACCACGCGGUGACGGCGCUGCUGAACCUGUCGCUGACGGACGGCGUGGAGCCCAUGGUGACGGCGGCGGGCGGCAUCGAGGGCAUCGUCGGCGUGCUCAACUCCGGCAGCAACGUCGCGCGGGAAAACGCCGCCGCGGCGCUGUUCACGCUGUCGGGCCCGGCGGACAACAAGCUGCGCGUGAAGGACGCGGGCGCCGUGCCGGGGCUCGUGAGCCUGCUGCGCACGGGCAGCCUGCGCGGCAAGAAGGACGCGGCGCUGGCGCUGUUCAACCUGUCGCUGGAGGACUCGUGCAUCGGCGAGAUCAUUGACGCGGGCACGGUGCGCGUGCUGAUGGCGCUGCUGCGCGGCGACGCGGACGCGGGCAUGGAGGACAAGGUCAUGGCCGUCGUCGCGAACCUCUGCAAGUUCUCCGAGGGCCGCCACGCCGUGCACAAGGAGGGCGGCAUCCAGGCGCUGCUGGGCGUGAUCGAGUCGGGGUCGGCGCGCGCCAAGGAGGACGCGGCGGUGUCGCUGCACCUGCUGGCCGUGCACAACGCCGCGUCGUUCCAGGCCAUCGUGGACGAGGACUGCUCGCCCGCGCUCUCCAAGCUCGCGCAGUCCGGCACCACGCGCGCCAAGGCCAAGGCGAAGGCGCUGAUGGACCUGGUGCGGUCGGGGUCGGGGUCGGGCUUCAAGUACGGCGCCUCCUUCUCCCAGCCCUUCGACAAGUCCCCGCCCGCUGUCACUCCCGAGCUCUCCCACCGCCGGUAG